AUGCCCAAGUUCUACGAUUCCAUCUCAGAUGACCUUGCCGCCUGGGCGCUGAAGCAACCCGUCUUCUUCACGGCCUCAGCGCCUCUAACCGGCAAGCAUGUCAACAUAUCGCCCAAAGGCCUCCCCUCGUCCACAUUCACCAUCUUCUCGCCCAAUUCCGCGGCCUACGUCGAUGCCACGGGGUCCGGGUCCGAGACCAUAGCUCACGUCUACGAGAAUGGCCGCGUGACAAUCAUGUUCUGCAGUUUCGGCGCCACGCCCAGGAUCAUGAGGUUCUUCUGCAAGGGAAGCGUCGUGGAAUGGGAUCAGCCAGAGUUCGAGGUCCUUCUUGCGAAGAUGGGCAAGAAGCGGAUUGAUGGUGCGAGAGCUGUGAUUAAGUUGGACGUCUUCAAGGUCCAAACAAGUUGUGGAUAUGGCGUACCGCGCCUCUCCCGUAACACUCCCGAAGACCCAGAGAAGAACCCGGAAACGGCCUUCGAAGACCGUGACACCUUGGGACAUUGGGCUUCGAAUAAGGUCGAGAAGAAUGAGUUGAUGUCCUAUCAAAUGGAGUGGAAUUCACAUAGUUUAGAUGGCCUGAACGGGAUGAGAUCUGCGAGGAGGGAAAGCGGCGAGAGAUUGUGGUUCGGGGAUAUGAAAGCGCGGGCGAAACGGAUUUUGGCCCAGAGGGAGGCUUUGCUCGUGGGCAUUAUAAUGGGGUUCUUACUGGCUUUGAUGGCGCGAAUGGGUCAGGCCUUUUUGAAUAAUAGCUGA